CCCCCUUGCUUCCUUCCUUCGCUUUACUCUUCCAUCUACCUCCAUCGCCGCCUCCCGCGCGCCAUGGGCUCGUCGCCGGGGAGCAGCAGCUACGACUGCUCCUUCAAGAUCCUCCUCAUCGGGGACUCCGCCGUCGGCAAGAGCAGCCUACUCGUCAGCUUCGUCUCCGCCGCACCCGCCGACGACGACAUAUCCCCCACCAUAGGAGUGGAUUUCAAAAUCAAGCUUCUCACUAUCGGUGACAAGAAACUGAAGCUGACAAUAUGGGAUACCGCUGGCCAAGAGAGGUUUAGAACAAUCACUAGUUCUUACUACAGAGGUGCUCAUGGAAUUAUUCUAGUUUAUGAUGUCACAAAAAGACAAAGUUUCACAAAUUUGGCUGAUGUAUGGGCCAAGGAAAUUGAAUUGCACUCGACAAACAAAGAGUGCAUCAAAAUGCUUGUUGGAAACAAAGUGGACAAGGAUGAGGAAAGAUUGGUAACAAGGGAAGAAGGGCUUGCCUUUGCAGAGGAAUGUGGAUGCCUAUUUCUCGAGAGCAGUGCCAAAACAAGAGAAAAUGUGGAGAAAUGUUUUGAAGAGCUUGCACUAAAGAUUCUUGAGGUUCCAAGUCUCUCGGAGGAAGGCUCUUCAGUUGUUAAGAGGAACUCGCUGAAACAGAAGCAGGAGAACAACGCGAAACUUGGCGGAGGGUGCUGUCAGUAGAUCCAGUUCAUUGUAUGCCCUAGACAUAGCUUGUUCUUGUGUUGUGAUGUAAAUGAGUUGUAACUAAGUGCUCACCAGUGCAGCAGCCAGCGUGUGAGUAAAGGGAUAAAUGACAACAACUUGAGGUUUUGGUGUCAAGGGUGGGAGUUGAUCUGUACAAAAGGGAGAAAAUGGUUUUCCUGACAAACUUGGUCUGGUGACACGGUCUGCCUUGGGACGUGUUCUGCUGGUACAUAAUUCAGGUUGUUUUCCGGUUUCACAUUAUAUUUGUUUCUCUACACAUGGAACCAGUGUUACCUUUGGUUUUCUGUGGGGCCACUGUGAUCUUGUAUGAAACUGACUGUGAUCUUGUAUGAAACUGCUUGUUAUUGCGUUUACAUCA